GGGCGGUUGUAUGAGUGGUAAACAGAUAUAACCAACCCCCCCUGCAGCAUUGUCCAUACUACAGUAGAGGAACACCAAUAUCUACACACACCCAGCUGCAUCCCUCCCUGACAGCACUGGCUGAGAUUCACAACACCAGUGGAAUGUGCACAAUGAAACAGGAUCCCAGUGUCCUCCUAGCUCCAGGUAUUCCUCAGGCGCAGUCUACCUGUUGACUAUCACAUGAAGAGAACCCAGGCUGAGGAAGCACCAUGCUUGUUGCCCUUGCACAGGGACACGGCUGCUGCAGAUCUUCAGGCAACAGGUGAAUGUUCAGAGUUAUCUUCAUCUUCUGCUUUUUUUUUUUUUUUUUAAUUUUCUUAAAGUUUGUCUUUUUUUUUUUUUUUUAACCCCAACACUUCAAAUCCACACCCCAGAGAGUGAGAAGACAUGUACUGGCUGAUGGUGCAGCAUUAUCACUAGUGGGUGUAUUGCACACUCCCAUCACUACAUACUCCAAGUGUGACCUGCAUACAAAUCCCCAGGACCCCCUGAGCAGAGGAGGCAGAGGAGAGGGGGGUGGGCAGCACUCACUGACUGAUCCUGGCUCAGCUUCUCUUGGGAUUUACAAACACUAAAACUGCCUGAUCACAUCACUAAAGUGGGUUUGGUUUGCUGUGCGGUGUCUUUGAUACUUUGACCUGGAGCUCCCCUGUCUGGUCUAGGAGAUCCCCCCAAUCUGUCAGCGCUGAUCACUAAGUGAAGCCCCCCCAUAACCAAGGAAUAUGAACAAGAAGACGAGACGCUGGAUCUUUCAUAUCUUUCUCAGUCUGGGGAUUGUCUACAUUAAGAUAGGAGGCUUCUCUUCUGUGGUGGCACUGGGGGCCAGCGUGAUUUGCAGUAAGAUUCCAGGCCUGGCACCCAGACAGAGGACUAUCUGUCUCAACAGACCUGAUGCUAUCAUUGUGAUCGGAGAAGGAGCACAGAUGGGGAUCAAUGAGUGUCAGUUUCAGUUCAGACAUGGACGGUGGAACUGUUCUGCCCUGGGAGAAAGGACAGUGUUUGGGAAAGAGCUGAAAGUGGGCAGCAGGGAGGCAGCAUUCACAUAUGCCAUCAUUGCGGCUGGCGUGGCCCAUGCCAUCACAUCUGCUUGUACUCAAGGAAACAUGAGUGACUGUGGGUGUGAUAAGGAAAAACAAGGACAAUUCCACAGAGAAGAAGGCUGGAAAUGGGGAGGCUGUUCUGCUGACAUCCGUUAUGGAUUAGUGUUUUCCAAGGAUUUUGUGGACUCCAGAGAGAUCAAGCAGAAUGCGCGGACUCUCAUGAAUUUGCACAAUAAUGAGGCCGGACGUAAGGUCUUAGAGGAGAACAUGAAACUGGAGUGCAAGUGCCAUGGAGUAUCAGGAUCUUGUACGACAAAAACAUGCUGGACCACACUGCCAAAGUUUCGUGAAGUAGGAUUUCUCCUGAAGGACAAAUACAGUGAAGCUGUUCAAGUUGAACCGGUUCGAGCCAGCAGAAAUAAACGACCGAUGUUCCUCAAAAUCAAGAAGCCGCUGUCCUUUCGCAAGCCAAUGGACACAGACUUGGUGUACAUAGAAAAGUCUCCAAAUUAUUGUGAUGAAGACCCGGUGUCAGGCAGUGUGGGCACGCAGGGUCGACUGUGCAACAAGACAGCCCAACACACAAAUGGCUGUGACUUAAUGUGCUGUGGAAGAGGGUACAAUACCCACCAGUACUCUCGUGUGUGGCAGUGUAACUGUAAGUUCCACUGGUGCUGCUAUGUGAAAUGCAACACAUGCAGCGAAAGAACAGAAGUGUUCACAUGUAAAUGAGAGCAUUACCUGGAUGAGGACAUGUUUUAGCCUUGGGAACUAAUAUCGUACAUUUGCACAUGAUCUCCAGCCUCAUACUGCAGGACUGUGGCCUAGAGUCCCGUCGUCUUGUAGGAAGCAAAGUGAUUGGACCACUGUUGUCUUUUGUUUGGGUAUUUUUGAGCCCACUCAUACAAUGACAACCUAAUAUGUCUGAAUUCUUCAUGUCUACAGCUAUAAAGAGAAUGAGGGGGUUAGAUCAUUUUUAAGGUACUCUCCAUACAUUGGAGGUCUUCUCCUUAACACAGUCAAAGGUCCAAGCCAUCAAGGAACAUAGCAUCAAGGAAGUAGUCGGAGCCUUACACUGUUAUUUUUUCCCUCUUAUUUUCCCGAAUAGACAAAAAUGUGCUAAAGAAUCAAGCCGCUGGUGGUUCACACCUAAAAAUAAUACACUGUGUAUUGUAAACUACAUGACUGGAAUCGGAGGGAUAUUAUAAAAACAGCCGCCAUAUUAACAAAGUUAAAUGGAUAGGUUAACAGUGAAUUGUGUGACUUCCCGCUUAGAGUGUGGAUUAUGCAGAUUAAGGUUAUUUAUGCUCCUAAUUUUGUCGCCAUCAUUUUUUUAAAUUUCCUUUUUUUUUACAUUUCUCCCUCUCCAUGACUGAUUUUUUUUUCUUGUUAAUAAGGUGCUGUUAUAUAUAUAUAUAUAUAUAUAUAUAUAUAUAUAUAUAUAUAUACAUAUAAAUAUAUUAUAAUUUUUAUUUUUGUUGGCACAGGGACUUUACAUAUUAGUGAUGUUAUUUAACAAUAUAUUGUAGAGUAAACUAAUAUUAAUUUAUUUAACAUAUAAAAGAAAACAAAAAACAAAAACGACUGCCAUUUGGAACUGUCUUAUACCGAACAAAAAAAACAAAAAAAAUCUUUUAAUUAUUUAGAAAAUGAGAUUUAUGUAUUGGGAAAAAAAACUGGAGGUGUAAAUAAUAUAUUACUCAGAUCCCAUUUAUAGCUGCCUACAAGGGAUAGUCUUGUUUGUUUUUCUGUUUUAUGGAAAAAGCAGACAUUUUUUUCUUACUUUUGUGCUGUUUGCUGCUAGCUGUCUGGAAUAAUCACUAUCAAUAUUUAAGUGUCUGAUUAUGUUAUUUUUAUUUUAUUUUUUUUUGUUCUAAAUGAAUAAAUUUGGAUUUCAUUUGUUGGAAUGAAUGUUCCAGUCAAACAUUGAAAUCUUACGGAAAUGGACCAUACGGAAAAAAAAGAGUAUAUUUUGUAAGAGACUAUUUUUAUAUGAAUAUUUUAUUUAUAUUAUGCCUGCCUGUAUCAUUCUAUAAUCUUCAGGUUUUUUUUUUUCAUCAGAAAGUAUCUUACUUGUGGGAUUAAGCAAAUACAUACCGAUUUAGUCUGCUAACAUUGAGUUUAGUAUAAAUUUGAUUUCUUUUUAUUCAAUCGGGUAUCAAUGAUAAAAAAAAAAAAAUUAAAGUUAAUUAAAAAAUAAUAAUAAAAAUAAAAUCAAUCUGGUUAGGACAAUACUCGUUAAUAGAUGUUAUGUGUUUUCUGAUGAACAAUUUGCAGAAUACACAUAAGCGAUGGAGGUUGUGGAGCCUACGAUGUGUCACGUGGCUUAAAUAUGUGAUUAGUAUUAAAUAUUUGCUAGCUUAUCCCAUUCGGAAGAGGGGGAAAAAAAGAAAAAUCUGAUUUUGCUUCCCACAUGCAUCAGUCAUUAAGAUCUACGGUUAUUAUUAGCAAAUGUGCUGUGUAUGCUGCCUAUUAAAUCUCUAUAUUGUGUUACUGUCAAAUUAGAUUUUAUCACUGACAGACUGUAGACUAUGACUGUACAAACUAGCUUCACAUACACAGCCUGAUUCUCACAGAUAACACACAAAGCUUACUUUUUUUUUCCGAUUGCUCUGAGCGUUCGCCUGCUUUGCUCCUCAAAUGUUGUGGGAUGCUAAAUGUUAACAGUAUAAUAAAACUUAAAAAAAAAAAAAAAGUAAAAAAAAAUAUUUAAGUAAAAAUGUCCCAUACGCUGUUAACAAUUGGCGUUGUGUUCCUUUUAGUCCUUAUGUACUUUUAUGUUUGAUUUUUGUAAACAGUGUUAGACCAAUGUACAUCGAUGUAUAAGAUAUCAGGAUAGGUUUUUAGGUGAGAUUAAUUUAUUGUCAGACUACUGAACUGAUAAAAGAUGAAAAAUAUUUUUAUAAAAUAAUUUUCUGGUUUUAUUAACUACUGAUAUAUAAUGCACAAUGCUGUAGGUCUGGUAAGAGGGUAACUUUUUCUUUAAAGUUUUUUUCCUGUGAACAAAAUGGCUUUCCUAUUGUUCACUGAAUUCAGAGUUUUACGACUGGAAAUUGCAUCUCUUUUUAUUGACACAGUGCAGAAUUGUGUCUUUUGGAUAUGAAAUGGUCACAACUCUAAUUUUGCAGUAUGUUUUCAUCUUUAAGCAUUCAGCUAAGAUGGCUUAUUCCAGAAUUUUUUUUUUCCAUUGCUCAGUAAUAUGCAGUGUGAACUCUACAUCAGCUCAUCAAUCCAUUUUAGUCGCAAUAAAAUCAUGGAU